AGAUUUGUUCAGGUCAUAAUAACAAUUUAAAGAGAUAGUUCACCUAAAAUGAAAAUUCUGUAAUCAUUCACUCACCAUCACGGAAAAAAAGAAAUCAUACAGGUUUGGAAUGACACGAGGAUUAAGAAAAGAUGACAUAAUUUUCAUUUUUUGGUAAAUAUUCUUUUAAAGUCCCCAAGAAAUUGUUCUUCCUCUGUUGACUUUUAGCCAGGACAUAUCGAAUUUUUCUUUAAAAAAACCUCAGUCAUGCCAGUUAUGUUAAGAGGAAGGACAUUCUUAUUCUAUAGAGCAUUUAAUUGGACAAAAAACUGUAGUGAUUUUUUGAAGCCUCAUCCAAAGUUUAUGGUGAUCAUAUGGUGCAUACGUCUGUACUUAUGUUUCUUCUGUUUUCUGUAGGUAGAGAAGCCGUAUAUGUGCUCCACCGUUCCAGUCUCAGUAAACAGAGGAGCUGUUGUUCUUCAGCCUUUCAACGCUUUCUCUCAGUAGCGUGGCACUAAACUCCAAAUAUGAAUCAGUCUUUUAUUGUUACCAUCUCUGUGAAUUGGUACAACAUAACGGAGAGCAAACACAUGAAUCUGUUUCUCAUCCCUACGGUUCUGCUAACCUCUGUCACACUGCUGGUCAACCCUGUUCUGUCCCUCUGCAUACUGUGUUUUCCUACGCUACGUCAAGAGACCCGCUACCUGCUCCUUGCUAACAUGCUCUUCGCUGAUAUGCUCUUCCUCGCCAUAAAUCUCACGAUGGUCUCCUGCAAUUCCGUGGGCCUGCACAUGCCCCACUCGUUGUGUGAGUUUAUGAUGGUGAGCAUGGUAAUGACAUACAGCACCUCUGUGCUCACUAUCACACUGAUGGUUGUCGACACAUAUGUGGCAGUACGUUGGCCGUUACAUUACAAAGAGAUUCUCCCACCAUCUCGGGCCAGGAAGAUAAUUAUGAGCUUGUGGGUAAUGGCCGCAGUGUGUCCCGUCUCUUUGCUAGUGAUGUUUGAGGUGGUGAUGGGCAGUGACAAGCAGAGCCGUCCGGUGUGUUUAAUGUUGAUUGCGUUGCACUCGCUGGAACAAAAGAAGAUUGGCGUUCAUUUGUACUUCAUCAUUGCCAUCAGCCUCUGCACUGUUCUCAUUGUGUACUGUUACAUCCAUCUGUACAUCAUCACUAAAACUUCUGGGAUAUGGCGUAGUCGGUACUCCCGGGCGCGUAUGACGCUUCUGGCGCACACUCUGUUGCUUGUGAUGUAUUUUGUACCCGCGCUGGUCUUUGCCGUGGAGCUGGCUCUUUUAAAGGAAGCAAGCGUGGAUGUUGUGGGAGUGUGGAUUAACUUAGUCAACAUGUGCGUAUUGAUGUUGUUGCCACGCUGUUGCACUCCUUACCUGUACAUCCUGCGCUAUCACGAGAUUUACGAGACUGUCCAGCAGGUGUUUUGGAAGAAGCGACCCCAAAGUCAGAGGAGUGCAGCCCAGAACUGGACUUGAAGCAGAGCAAGCCUGCAAAAUAACUGUAUCUGGUUGCUCUGUCGUUGGAGGACUCAUUUGCAGAAGAGGGAAUUUAAAAGACUCCUGAGCCAG